AUGGGCUGUCUGGAGUCUAAGGUGUGCGAUGAGUUGGGGGUGGACAAGUCGACCCUGCAGAACUCUGUACGUACUGACCCCCUGCACUAUGUCAAAGACCCUACCUUCAGAAAUACACACAAACACAUAGACCCCUCACUGUUGCCUGGUGAAAUCUUUAAAAGAAUGGAAGAGCAGAAUGGUAAAGUUGUGGUUGGACUUUACCCCUAUGAUGGAAGCCAUCCUGAUGACUUACAGUUCAAGAAAGGAGAAACUAUGAUCAUCCUGGAGGAACAUGGUGAGUGGUGGAAAGCAAGAUCGUUACAAACCAAAAGAGAAGGAUAUGUUCCCUCGAACUACGUGGCUCAACUGGACUCCAUGGAAACAGAGGAGUGGUUUUUCAAAGAUAUUUGUAGAAAAGAUGCUGAGAGACAACUCCUGGCUCCAGCUAACAAACCAGGAGCCUUUCUCAUCAGGGAGAGUGAGACCACAAACGGUUUCUCGUUAUCCGUCCGCGAUGUUGGUCCAAAGGGCUUGGAUGUUGUUAAACAUUACAAGAUCAGGAAAUUGGACGAGGGUGGUUUCUACAUUUCUCCAAAGAGCUCCUUCCAGGAUAUCAACAAAAUGAUUAAACACUAUCAACACAAUGCUGAUGGACUGUGUCGUAAACUGGGCCGUCCAUGCACCAAACCUAAAGCUCAAAAACCAUGGGAAAAGGAUGCCUGGGAAAUCCCUAAAGAGUCCUUAAAGAUGGUGAAGAAGCUUGGAGCAGGACAGUUUGGAGAAGUAUGGAUGGCUUUCUACAACAAUACAACUAAAGUAGCAGUGAAGACACUCAAGCCAGGCACCAUGACAGUCCAGGCCUUUCUGGAUGAGGCUAAUGUUAUGAAGACUUUACAACAUGACCACCUGGUGCGACUCUAUGCCGUGGUCACCAAAACACAACCUAUCUAUAUAGUCACAGAGUAUAUGUUAAAUGGCAGCUUACUCGACUUUUUAAAGACAGGUACGGGAUGCAAGAUUCAGCUACCCAAACUAAUAGACUUCUCAGCACAGAUAGCUGAGGGCAUGGCUUACAUAGAAAAGAAACACUACAUCCACAGGGACCUGCGAGCGGCCAACGUCUUGGUAUCAGAAUGUCUACUGUGUAAAAUAGCAGAUUUUGGAUUGGCACGUGUGAUAGAAGAUGACGAAUACUCACCCAGAGAAGGGGCUAAAUUCCCCAUUAAGUGGACAGCGCCAGAGGCUAUACAGUACGGUUCAUUCACCAUUAAGUCCGACAUGUGGUCUUUCGGGGUUCUGCUCUAUGAAAUCAUCACUUAUGGAAAAAUGCCUUAUCCAGGAAUGACCAAAAUGGAGGUGAUGUCAAGUAUACAGCGUGGAUACCGAAUGCCUCAGCCUGAAAACUGCCCUUCUGAACUGUACGACGUCAUGCUGUCCUGCUGGAAAGACAAACCACAGGACAGGCCCACGUUUGACUUUUUACAAAGCGUCUUGGAUGACUUUUAUACAGCCACAGAGGCACAAUACCAGGAUCAGAGCUAG